CGGAACCCGCGCAAACUCGCUUCAGCCCGGCGGCGACUUGGGUGGGGUGGCUUUUUCCCUUUCGGCUCGCCCCCUACCCCUAGGCACCACCAAACCUGGGAGUCACCGAGCGGACGCUGGUAGGCGCGGGGUAAUGGGGAGGUCGAGACUGGGUCCUUCGUCUUGGGCGCAGGAGUUGGGGAUUCGCGUCCCAGCGCUGCCCGUCGCCCUGCCCCGCGCACUGGCUCCCAAACUGGCACGCCCAAGCCACCCGCUCCACCGUCUGCACCCCGCCCACCUCCUCAUUUGACGGAUAGAUAGGGAAACUGUAUCCAGAGGUGGCUAAAGACUCGGCCAAGGCCACCUGGGGGAAAGGAGAGUCGCUUCGGGACUGGGGCUGGAGCCGGCGCGCCAGCCUCUCCUCCGGUCCUAGCCCCUAGCGCUCCUGGCCGCCUCGCUGUGGGACCUUCCACCGGGAGAGUGCCUCCCGUCUUCCUCCCGCUCUCCAGAGGAGCCUGCUGGGGGAAGCCGGCCCUGGCCCGCCGCUGGGAGGCUCUUGGGUGCCUGGGAGGGCUGGUGGAUAGCGAGGGUCGGGACCCGGCAGGGCUGCAGGGAAUUCCCGGCGGGCCCGGGCGGGCGGUCUGUUGUGCGAUUGUGCGCUCAGAGAGCUUUCUGCCCUCGGUGCCGAGGCCUCUACUAUUCAGAACGGCCAUACACUCUCAACCGACCUCCUGCCUGGGACCCUCCUUUCAUUCUGGGGGAGGGGAGGGGGGAGCUGGAAAAAUCCCAUUUCAAGACCUGACGAAGUUGGAUUCAACUUCCCAGAGGAUUUCCCUCCCGCCUCCCCAAGCUGCCCCCGGAUCUGUACGUGGGAAUCAGAAGACAGCUGACCCCCGUAUGCCUCACCUGUACUGGGGUGUGGCUUAGGAACAAAGAGGGGUGCCUAAGGGUUGCAGAGAGGUCAGAGUCUUUGAUCAGGAUGUGAAGACGGCAUCAACAAGAGCUGGGGGUCACACGAGAUCACGGGAGCCACAUAGUGCCCUGGCUUCUAAGAGGGUUGGUGGCCAAACCCCUACAGGGUGCAAUGCAGGAGAGGCCCAGACCUGGGUUGCGUUCUCCCAGAGGCUGGGAGGCAGAAGACCUGGGCCUGGGUGACCGUGGGUGGCCCUGCCCCUGGGGGUGGACUGGCCAUCUUUCCAUAGCGGAAGCAGCAAGUGGCUGUAUCUAGGCAGACAGCAUUUGAACCACACCCCUGCCUUGCAGUAACAACCCAGGAAAGGAUUGUGAAUAGUUCUUGAGCUCUUAGCACAGCACCAAGCUGUGCACUUCCUUCACAACAACCCUUUGAGGUGGAUACGUUUAUAAUCCUCAUUUUGACUGGUAAAGACCCUGAGGUUCAGAGAGGUUAAGCCACUUGCCUAAGCUCACACAGCUCACAAGUGAUUUGUCAGGAUUUGCACCAGAUCUGUCCAACUCCAGAACCCAGGCUUGCAACCACUGUGCUUCUCACUGAAUGUGUGUGGCCUGGUAGAAUCCUGCUCCUCUUGGGCCUCAGUUUCCCAUUCUGUAACCCACUGGAUAAGACUAGCCUGAAAGUCUAGGGUUCCACAGAAUCCCUCCACAGGUGGAGGGGACGCUGUAGAUGGGUGAUGUUUCUGGUGGGCUGGGUGGGGGAGGUUAAGUAAUGAUUUCCCGGGGACUGACAGGGCUGCUUCCCCCAGUGGCCAGGGCCUCAGAGGCGGAGCACCGUCUAUUUGAGCGGCUGUUUGAAGAUUACAAUGAGAUCAUCCGGCCUGUGGCCAACGUGUCCGACCCAGUCAUCAUCCAUUUCGAGGUGUCCAUGUCUCAGCUGGUGAAGGUGGAUGAAGUAAACCAGAUCAUGGAGACCAACCUGUGGCUCAAGCAAAGCUGGAAUGACUACAAGCUGAAGUGGAACCCCUCUGACUAUGGUGGGACAGAGUUCAUGCGUGUCCCUGCACAGAAGAUCUGGAAGCCAGACAUUGUGCUGUAUAACAAUGCUGUUGGGGAUUUCCAGGUGGAUGACAAGACCAAAGCCUUACUCAAGUACACUGGGGAGGUGACUUGGAUGCCUCCUGCCAUCUUUAAGAGCUCCUGCAAAAUUGACGUUACCUACUUCCCGUUUGAUUACCAAAACUGCACCAUGAAGUUCGGUUCCUGGUCCUACGACAAGGCGAAAAUCGAUCUGGUUCUGAUCGGCUCCUCCAUGAACCUCAAGGACUACUGGGAGAGCGGCGAGUGGGCCAUCAUCAAAGCCCCGGGCUACAAACAUGACAUCAAGUACAACUGCUGCGAGGAGAUCUACCCCGACAUCACAUACUCGCUGUACAUCCGGCGCCUGCCCUUGUUCUACACCAUCAACCUCAUCAUCCCCUGCCUGCUCAUCUCCUUCCUCACUGUGCUCGUCUUCUACCUGCCCUCCGACUGCGGUGAGAAGGUGACCCUGUGCAUUUCCGUCCUCCUUUCCCUGACAGUGUUUCUCCUGGUGAUCACUGAGACCAUCCCUUCCACCUCGCUAGUCAUCCCCCUGAUUGGAGAGUACCUCCUGUUCACCAUGAUUUUCGUAACCCUGUCCAUCGUCAUCACUGUCUUCGUGCUCAACGUGCACUACAGAACCCCGACUACACACACAAUGCCCUCAUGGGUGAAGACCGUAUUCUUGAACCUGCUCCCCAGGGUCAUGUUCAUGACCAGGCCAACAAGCAACGAGGGCAACGCUCAGAAGCCAAGGCCCCUCUCUGGUGCCGAGCUCUCAAAUCUGAAUUGCUUCAGCCGUGCAGAGUCCAAAGGCUGCAAGGAGGGCUACCCCUGCCAGGACAGGAUGUGUGGUUACUGCCACCACCGCAGGAUAAAAAUCUCCAAUUUCAGUGCUAACCUCACAAGAAGCUCUAGUUCUGAAUCUGUUGAUGCUGUGCUGUCCCUCUCUGCUUUGUCACCAGAAAUCAAAGAAGCCAUCCAAAGUGUCAAGUAUAUUGCUGAAAAUAUGAAAGCACAAAAUGAAGCCAAAGAGAUUCAAGAUGAUUGGAAGUAUGUUGCCAUGGUGAUUGAUCGUAUUUUUCUGUGGGUUUUCACCCUGGUGUGCAUUCUAGGGACGGCAGGAUUGUUUCUGCAACCCCUGAUGGCCAGGGAAGAUGCAUAAGCACCAAGCUGUGUGCCUGCCUGGGAGACUUCCUUGUGUCAGGGCAGGAGGAGGCUGCUGCUUAGUAGGAACGUACUUUCUGUUAUCAAGCUACCAGCUUUGUGUUUGGCAUUUCGAGGUUUACUUAUUUUCCAGUUAUCUUGGUUUUUGUCAAAAAAAGAAUCAUGCGAAAAAAAGUAGAAUAUUUAUUAUGGAUAAAUGAACAUUUAACUAGCCUUUUUGGCAUGGUAAAGAGAUGUCAAAAUGUGAUUCUUCUAUGUGAUAAGUAGUGUGCUGUGCUAUGGAAUAUACGUGUAAAAAUGUUUCAAGACAAAACUGGAUAGAAAAAUGCUGUUGAGAAAUAUGAAAAGUCAUUCAGUUCAGUAUCACUGCAGAUCUCCCAGUGGUUUUUCUUAUUUAGCCCAUAAUCUCUUUGCAGGUUUAUACUAAUUCAGCAAUCUCCUACUGUUACCCAUUUCUCACCAUGCAUUUCUCAUUCUUUAUUGGGUCUAAAGGGCUGUGCCUCCAUUUCAGAGAGCUUCAACUAAUUCUCUUGCAUAAUUCUAAAUUAUACCAUGAGAAAUCAUGCCUAGUUAUUCAUUGUUAAUAAACUGUCUUAGUGCACCAUAAACUGGGUGGAUUAUAAACAACAGAAAUUUAUUUCUCAGUUUUGAAGGAGGUCCAAGGUCAAGGCACCAGCAAAUCUGGUGUCUGGUGAGGGUCCUGUUCCUCAAACGGUGCCUUCUAGCUGUUUCCUCACAUGACCGAAGGGACUAGCUACCUCUGUGGGGUCUAUUUUAUAAGGGCACUAACCCCAUUCAUGAGAGCAGAGCCCCCAUGGCCUAAUCACCUCUCCAAGGCCCCCUCCUUCUAAGACAAUCACACUGGGAUUAGGUUUCAACAUAUGAAUUUGGGGAGGACACAUUCCGACCAUAGCAUGAACCUUUAGAACAGGGUUUCUCAGCCUUAGCACUAUGGACAUUUUGGGCUGGAUAAGUAUGUGUUGGGACAGAGUGGGGGUAUCCUAUGCAUUGUAGGAUCUUUAGCAGUACCCUGGGCUCAACUUACUAGAUACCAAUGACAUACCCUGCUUCUUCACCAGUUACAAUAACCAAGAAUGUCUCCAUUGUUAAAUGUCCCCUUAGGAGCAAAACUGCCCCUGGUUGAGAAACAUUGCUUUAGACAAAUUGUUAAGAAAGAGUAUCAUGUACUACACUUCUGAAUCUUAACAUGAUCAUCAUCACUGACGGAUGAUUCAGAGACUGUUUGAAUCUUGUCUCACUAGCUGUUUUUCCUAUGCAAAAAUAAAACGGACAGAAUUGCA